UUUCUAAUCUUCUCUAUACUUGCUCAAGUCUUUAGCUGUUGAAAUGGCUGCUGCCCCAAUGUUAAGAUUGUGUUUGAUAUUCUUUUUGGCCAUGUCGAUGAUGGUUUUUGUGUCAUCAGCAGCUCCGACAGUUGGGUUGUAUGGAUCAAGUUGCCCUUCUGCAGAGGCAAUCGUGAGAAAAGCCGUGACGAAAGCUGUGGCAAGGAAUCCUGGCAUCGCUGCUGGCCUCAUCAGAAUGCAUUUCCAUGAUUGUUUUGUUAGGGGUUGUGAUGCUUCUGUCCUACUUGAUUCAACUCCCGAAAACCCAUCCGAAAAAGAGCAUCCAGCAAACUUUCCAAGCCUAAGAGGGUUUGAAGUGAUUGAUGAGGCAAAGGCAGAACUCGAAGCAAAAUGUCCAAAUACCGUGUCAUGUGCUGACAUCCUUGCAUUUGCAGCUCGUGACGGCGCACUCCAAGUUGGUGGAAUAAACUAUGCAGUGCCAUCAGGUCGGCGUGACGGGAGAAUCUCCCUCCGAGAUGAGCCUAACGACCACCUGCCCCCACCUUCCUUCGACGCCAAGCAACUCGAGGAGAAUUUUGCUCGAAAAGGCCUUAGCUUGGACGAAAUGGUCACAUUGUCCGGGGCACAUUCUAUUGGUGUGACACGCUGUUCUACCAUCUUGGAUCGCUUGUAUUCCUUCAAUGCAACUCACCCUACAGAUCCAUCAAUGGAUCCCAUAUUUGCUAGAAACUUGAAGAAGAAGUGCCCUAGAUCGUCUGACGAUCCAAAAACGGUGCCACUUGAUGUUCUUACACCAAAUAAGCUAGACAAUAAGUACUACACUGAUUUGAAGAACCACCAGGGCAUGCUUGCAUCGGAUCAAACGCUUCUCACUAGCCGGUCGACGGCUGGGUUUGUAAGGAACAAUGCCAGAUUUGGUGCUGCAUGGGCUAAUAAGUUUGGAGCAGCCAUGGUGAAAAUGGGAUCUAUUGAUGUCCUCACAGGAAGACAGGGUGAAAUCAGGAAGAAUUGCAGGGUUGUCAAUUAGAAUAUCUGGGAAUUUUAUUGGCUGCAAAUUUAAUUGUAAUUAAAUUCAUUAUUAAGUUUGUUAGUAAAAUCUUUUCUGCUUGA